AACACUACUAUAUAACAAAUAAUUUGAGUUCAUGUUGGCUGGUCAGAAUGGGGAGGUCGAUGAUCAACCACUUGAAAGGGAAGAGCUCAGGCAACUUGGGAGUGUACUAAAGGAAGUGAAGUGGUCUUUAAAUUCCCCUGAAUCUCUGCUACUUGAGAAUCUCUCUAGAAAGUGUGUUAAUGAAAGAAACCUAUCCACCCAUGUACUUUAUGAAGACUUGGCUGAGGUGUUUGAAGGAUUGGUAAAGCAUAGGCUAGAAAUAACUGGAACAAAUUCAGAGUACUAUCAGUCCCAGUACUUCCUCAGAAUUCUGAUAUGGAUAAAAAUAUUCAUCAGGGAUGCUACAUAUCAGCGAGAACUGUUCCAUCUUGGAGGAGUGAAGAUUCUUUCUAAGAUCCUGCAAACCGUGACACGAGAUUACCUUAACUUUGAGGACAAAGUAAUGGGUAUUGAAGUCCUUAAAGUCAUGACAAACAUAUUCCAGAAGUUGUCAGUAGAACCAAGUCAGAGACUGUGGCUGACAGCGUGUGAUGUUCCCCGCAGUCUCGUACUCCUGCUCUGUGCUCGAGAUCUCUCAGUCCUGAACUGUGCUCUGUACGCUCUCAUUGACCUCGCUCGCAGCGAACAAGCAAGAGUUGUGAUAGGUGAACUUAACUGUGUAGAGACACUGCUUCAUAUCGUACAGGAUUAUUCUAAUCCUACUACUAAACAGCUAUCUUCAGAACUGUUGAGACAGCUGUGUUCUCUAGAUCAUGUGAAGGAACACGUGAAGGUUUUUGACGGGAUUCCUCUUUGCCUAAGCGUUUUGCACGAGGACGAUCUGGUUUUGCAGUUCAACAUUGUGUCUAUAGUGGAGAGGUUGAGUUGUGAUAACGAUAGUAGCAACGACAUUCGAGAGUUGGGCGGCAUUCCUCUCCUUAUUACUCUUAUACAAGACCAGCACAGCAGAAAGCGAGGAAGUGCGAGAAGUAACGGUACAUACAGCACGGAUAACAUCGAGGAGAAUGGCACCAUAUCUCCUGUCUCUAAAAACACUGUCAGCAGAUACGAGUCCAUCAAAUUACAAACUGCAUGCUGCGCGGCUCUGACCCAGCUAUCUCUAAACGACACGAACGCGCAGAACAUCGUGCACGCUAACGGAGUCUACAUACUUGGUAAAUUGAUUCUCCCAAAUGUGGAUACUGACGAGUUGGAGGAGAGUUUGUUGUUGGAAAUGUUGCAGAAGAGUGCACUUAGAGCACUUAGGUUCCUCUUCUCCAUGGAGAGGAACAGGCAGCUAUUCAAGAGGCUCUUCCCCACGGAGUUGUUUGAGAUGUUUAUCGACGUUGGCCAUUACAUCACAGACAUAGACGCUUAUAAACACAUGAUACACUACAUAAACAACUCAGAGGAGGAGGUAAGGAACAAGAUAAAGUGUCGGAUACACAACACUAACCAACACAGAGCCCCAAUGUUCUACGUUGGAUCUUAUGCUGUCUUGGAGCACCUUGGAUCUGGAGCUUUUGGAACUGUCUACAAGGUAAAAAAGACAUCUGGUUCCCAUGAUGAAGCCACCACUCUGGCAAUGAAAGAGAUUUCACUUCAACAUCCGGGGUUUGGCGCGACAACAAAAGAGAGGACGAGAUGUAUUGGAGACAUACUGAACGAAUCUAAUAUUAUAAAGGAGCAGCUCCGACAUCCAAACAUUGUUAGGUACUACAAAACGUUCAAGGAACAGAGCAGGUUGUACAUAGUGAUGCAGCAUAUAGACGGAGCUCCUCUCAGCGAACAUUUCUCUUCGCUCCGUGAAAAGGGCCUGUCUUUCAGCGAGGAGAGAAUCUGGAAAAUAUUUGUUCAGAUGGUGUUAGCAUUGAGAUACCUGCACUGUGAUAAAGGAAUUGUACACAGAGAUCUCACUCCUAACAACAUCAUGUUGGGAGACUACGACAAGGUCACUCUCACGGACUUUGGUUUGUCCCGUCAGAAGCAGGGACUAAUGCAGUCAGUAGUGGGAACAAUCCUCUACAGCUGCCCGGAACUAGUGAAGAACGAGCCGUACAGCAACAAGGCAGAUGUGUGGGCUAUAGGGUGUCUGCUGUAUCAGAUGUGCACACUUACUCACCCCUUCUACCGGGACGGAAUGUCAACCCUCGCUCUUGCUAAAAAUAUAGUUGAGUCGAUAUACGCCCCCUUACCAGUAGAAUACUUUUCUUCUAAGAUCAUCUCCACGGUUCAACAAUGCAUGACCCCAGACACAGACCUGAGACCCGACAUAGUGGGGGUAGGGUCCAGUAUAGCAGAGAUCAUCAUGUUGCACAUGGACGAGGUGCGGACUAGAGAAGCAACUCUUCAGAGGAAACUGCAGAGGGAGAAGAAACGUGUCCAGAAGCACUACCACGAGAGCAAUAGGAACCUACAGAAUUACCAGCGACUGUUCCUCGCUACCAACCACUCAUCUCAAGAACAAGAUGACUCAUGUCUCAAGUGUUCCGGAUCCUCGAUGGGCGUGUCCUCUACCGGGGAGGAGAGUUCGGUUGAUGACACAGACAGUUCCCCUAACCGACCCUCCCACCGAUCCAAAUUCCGGAGUGGAACUGGCAGGCGGCGAUGCACCUGUGUUUCCGGCAGACAAGUUCCUUCUGCUCCCUCUGUUGCCUCCAACCGUGCUAGACCAAGUCACAUCCACUCUGGAAACUGCGCUGAUAGUGCACUGAGUAACAGAUGUAGGAGGCAGAGUGGUACAGGAGCCAGGAAUGUCAGUACCGCGACAAUAUCCAUAUCACAACGCAAAGUCAGACAGAUAGACGAUCCUAUCCUUCAAAUUCUAAACCAGAUGCACAAGAUUAUCUUUAUCACUCAGUUGCCGCCCUCGAUGAAUCUAAACCCUAAACGGCGUGUUAUUGAGAAAUACAAGCGAGCGCUCUUUACUCGUCAUAUAGGCUCUGUAAAUCUAAAAAAUGAGAUCAAAAAGCUGAUGGAGGCUUCUAAAGAUAUCGUGGAUUUGACUUUCAGUGCCAGCAAGCCCUUACAAGCUCAGAACGAUUACAAAGGAUCCAACUCUCUGGCAAGCCUGGCAGUGGAGGGACCAGAGGGAUCAGAAGUUUUGUUAACAUAUGAGCACCUUCAGAGCCUGAUUGAGAGUUGUCUGGUUGAGGCCGGCUACUACGAGGUUCAGGGAUCCAGGACACCGCUGAUCCCUCCAAUUCAAUCUAUGAACGAUUUCACCAGAGACUUUAGUGGUACAUGAACAUUCGAGAAGCUUAGCGUGAUGCGAAUCGAAUCCGAAUUUAGAGAAUUGACUGUGACGUGAAAAAGUUUCGGCCAUAUUAUAGCCCGGACGUCAAGACUGAAAGAAAAACUGAGAUAGCGACUCAACAUCUUAUUUAUUAAUUUUCAGUUUAGCAAUUUGCUUCUAAAACUAAAUAAUCUAAAUUUUUCAUACUUUUUAACUAACAAAAAUCAAUUAGAUAAGAAAUUUAUGGUAUGUUUAUUAAAUGUAAUAUAGUGUAUAAAAUGAUCAACUUUAAUUCAGAAAUAUGUAAAACGGUUUCCAAUUAAAUUAUAAUUUU